AAUCCGCCCAGCAUUUGUUGUCAGGUACAUGUCAAUCCAAUGCAGGUUACAUUCGCGGUCCCUUUAUUCCUUUAUUCUUUAAUUUAUUGUGAACCAAGACCCGAUCACGCCUUCAAUUGCUGGCUAUAGUUUCUCCCCAAUUCCCUAUAUCCCUAUAUCCCUAUAUCCCUCUAUCCCAUUCUUUGAUGCAAAUCGAAUACGUUCUCUAUUACACGCCGUAUCAGAUAUGCACAGUAGUAUCAUACCAUCGCAUAAUUGUGUUUUCUUAUGCUGAUCAUUUAGUCCAUGUCUUCGAGAAGAACGCAUGGCUGUAUUUGCAAAUUCUACGAGUGGUGUUACAUCUUUUGAUCUUUGAUCUUCACUCUUCCUCAUCACUUACGUUCCCUCUCCCCUUCCCCCUCGCAUUGCCUUUCUUCAUCUAUCCCUUAAAUUUUUUAUUUCUCUUCUGGAGUUUUAUGUGUACAUUCAUGUACACCACGCGUCAGAGUCGCGUUGGCUGUAUUUACUGCUUGUUUUAUUCUUUGCAGUCGCUUUUGAUUCUCAAUUGUCUAAGAGCAACAAACAAGAAAAUGAGAGUCUAAUGGUUGUGCACUGAUGUUGUUUGAGUACAAAGGCUGCAUUUCUUUUUUUUUUUUCCUGCUUCAGGCGUUCGUUGUACCUCGAAACCUCCUUAUUCUAUUGUUUAUUGUUGUGUGUAUCUUUUUAAUCCAGGUU